AUGGUAUCUUCUACUGACGAUGCUGGUACAUACGACCACAGGGUGUGGAAAAUAGGGCUUCCCGUCCGCUCAGCCGUACUCAAGCCACACGCCGGGAGGUUAGUAGUUGGGUGGGUGACCACCAGCGAAUCCCUUCUGUUGUAUGUUUUUGGCAUGUUUUUGGUUUUUCUAUUCAAAAACACGCCAACACCAGCCAUAACCACCAUAUAUUUUCGCGACAGGUCAUUCUGGCCUUUUGUCACCGUGGCUUGCAAGCCCUGUGUACAUGCGCACAACCUGCGGGUGUCAAGGUUAUCACACUCUUGUCAAUCUUCUGUAAUCUUCGGUUGGCGGUUAAUCGAACACUCCUUCCCAGUUACUGAAGUACAAUUUAGACUGCAGAGCAUACACCGACAAAUAUCUUUGAGAUGCAUUGAGCAAAGACAAUCACAUGACGACAUCAUUCUCUUGUCCUAA